AUGAGCACUAGCGAUAUACCACCAAAGACAAAGUUAACAGUGUCGUCGCCCAACAAGCAAUUGGACUUGACGCUGGAACAAUUCAAAAUGGCAACAACAACCCUAAAUGGAACUUUCGAAGCUGAAGUGGAAUGGUGUAGUGAUCCAUCAUUAGAUGAUUGGAAGCAACAUUUCCUACAAAUAACAAAGACGGGGUCACUUAUACAUAAGGUGGACGGACAAACAAUGCUGAAUAGUUUUUCAAUACAAAAUAUACCAUCCACCCUUGUGGAUGAUGGGAACAAUCCGAAUACGGCGAAUAAACUACCAUAUGAUAGUACUAAUAACGAUACCUCUGAAAAUAAUGCAAUUAUAAAUGUGCAUCCAAUUAUCAAACAUUUACAAGGCUGUCAAAUACAACUUAUAGAUAAUGACAAAUAUGCUUCCAUACCGAUAAUAAAAGUGAUCACGUCUUUGAAUAAAUUCCCCAUUUAUAUACGUACUAAGAGAGAAUCCACUUUCCAAGAACUAUUUGCUUCAUUGAUUUGGUGGAGUGCCCUAAAGAAAAAGGGUAUAUUUGAAAAACUGGAAUUAAUAAAACCAAAGAUAACCGAAAAUGAUAAAAAGACACAUAGAAAGGAACCAACGAACCUAUUAGUUUGUCAAUUUAAUGUUUUUGGCCCAAUAUCAAGAAAGACAAAUCUAAGAGAUGAUCGUUAUAACAUAAUACCAGAUACAAACCAAAAUUUCCCUCUACAGUACGAUACCGAUAUCGAUAAUGAUAAACUGGACAACUUUGGGUGGUUCAAAGCAAUGGGUGUUUUAAAGUCAAAUGGUACCUUGGACUUGCUACUAAAAAGUGAUGGUUCACUUAUAUAUUCGUUGGAUGUAUCAAUUCUACUUCGAUCAGAAAUCAGAAUAUUGGAUAGAUCCAUACUACAUUCAGAUUCCUGUUUAUUCCUAGGUAUAAUACCGAAAUUGAGGGAAAGUCUUGGAAUCCCCGUAGAAUAUAAUGAUAACAAUAAUAAGCAACAAUUCAUCAUUAAUGAUAUGACAUUAGCGAACCAACAGAGGCAGGAGGUGAUACUGAAAUGUCCCUUGAGAGUUGAUUUGGAAGAUUGGUUUGUAGCUUUGAAUUCAUUCGCAAUCGCUGAAACUUUGUCUUUAACUAAUAUGGACAAUUCUAAUAGACUGCGAGUAGCGAACCAUUUCUCCAUUUCUGUAUUAGAAGCAAAUAUAAAAAUAGAUGCAAAUGUUACAUCAGAUGUUUCUUUAUCAUGUCACUUUUCCAUGUGGGAUCAUGUUUGGAUGAUGACGCCCGAGGUUCGGUCGUCUCAAAAUCCAUUUUGGAGAGAAGAAUAUGACCUUAAUGAGGACAUCACAAUUAAUUCAUUGAAAAUUACUAUAAAAAAAAGGCACGCAAACAAUAAACAAUCUCCAGUAGGUUAUGUUGAAAUAACGCAAGAUAUGAUUAAUAAUCCUGAAUACGCCAAAGAAAUUAGACUUCCCUUGCAUUCUAGUAUAGGAGUAAAAGAGAUUGGUACCAUAUGUAUAAGGAUUGCAUCUUCUGAUUUGAAUUUCGUACUACCUCAAGUUAAUUUUGUAAAAUUUGAACAAUCAUUGCUAAAGAUAGACCUUUCGAAAAUUGUUAAAAUGGUGUAUAACAACCCUUCAGUUCGUACUGCGACUGACAACAAACUAAGCCACACGGCUAAAAUAUUCCUAGAAGUGUUCCAGUCUCUUAAUAGGCAACAUUCUUGGUUUCAAGCACUAGUUAAUCAAGAAUUAUUAAUGAUUGACAGUUCUAUAACUAAAACUGUUGCAAGGAAUGCUUCAUCCGCUCAUAUUUUUAACUCAAUAUUCAGGGGUAACUCCUUGUUGACAAAAUCAAUGGAGUUAUACUUUUUAAAGGUUGGAGCAGAAUAUUUAGACAAAUCAAUUGGACAAAUUUUACGAAAAAUCACUAAAGAGAACAAACUAUGUGAGCUGGAUCCGCAAAGAAUUAAUUCUAAGAGUAAAAAUGAAUCUGAAACAGAAAAGAUUAUAGAAGAAAAUUACCAGCAAUUGGUGUUCUAUAUUAAGAAAAUCUGGAAAGGUAUCUACAUGUCAAGCAAUGAUCUUCCAUUGGCGAUAAAAAGUGAAUUGAAAAGUAUGAGGAAAAAAAUUGAAAUUAUGAAUGGGAAUACUAAAAAUGAUGCCUCUUCAGACGAGCAGUAUCAAACAAUAUUAAACUGUAUUUCAAGUUUCCUGUUUUUAAGAUUUUUUUGCCCCGUUAUUUUGAACCCAAAAUUAUUUUACUUUGUUGCUGACCAUUUAACGGAAAAUUCAAGAAGGACAUUAACUUUGAUAAGUAAAAUUCUUUUAAAAUUUUCAACCCUCAGCUAUUUUGGCCAGCAAGAACCUCAUUUAAUGAAAAUAAAUGAAUUUAUAUCGAGCAAUAGAGAAAAAUUAUUCGACUAUAUUGAUAAGGUUACUGAGAAGAAACUAGAUUUUUCUCCAAAACAUCUGAAGCUAAAUGAGAGAUUGACAAGGCCAAAACUACUGAUGAAUAAAGAGAUUUUGAAGAAUUUACCUGCAAUUCCUUAUCUAAUUGAUAGCUGUUUAAGGGAGUCUCAGCUCAUUGAAAUUUUAAUGACAACAAAAAGUGGAGUGGAUGGAAAUAACAGUAAUCGUCGAUGCUCCGAUGAACAUCUUCCAGAAAUUGGUGAAUUAGAAUUUGAAAAAUUAACAGAAAAUAACACUGAGAUUUUUGGCAAUGAUCUGAUGCAAUACCUUGAAGAAGAGGAUGACAAUGAACCAGAUAAUGGGGUUGAUGGGAAUAAAAGGCAAACAAAUUCCUCUUCUAGAAAGGAAACUAGCGUAAUUGUGAGAGAUUUUGAUCGUGAAGCAUCUUUACUUUUUAAUAAAUUGGAAAGAUUGAAGAAUUUGUUGUCUGAUUAUGAAUAUCCCUCGGAUACUUUAUUUGAAUCCAAACGGUACAGUGAAUUGUUAGCAAAACGAAUAUACUUCUCAGAGACAAAAGAGCUGUACAUUUCUGAUGAUAAGAGUGCAGUUUCGCCUCCAACUAAUAUGACUAGAUUAUACACUAGUUCUAACGAGACUAGGAUAAGAUUCUUUAACAAUGAAAGAAUUCUCACUCGUUCCCAGCAAUCCCCGAUCCAUCCAUCAAAUAAGAACUUGAACCGAAACAGCUAUCAGUUCGAGAAGAAAUCUAAUUAUGAUGCAGAAAACACAGUUGACACACAAAAUAAAGGAUUAUCCCGAUUGACUUCGAUAAAGUUAAGUAAAAUGAUUCGGAAAACGACAGAAGUAACUAAUGCAAAUGUCGAAAAUAGUAAUAACAAAAAAGGUUGGUGGUUUACAAGGAAGUGA